UUUUAGUCCACAUUGUUUCUGACAUGAGAAUCGAGGGAGAAGAUGAUCUUCAGGAUCCUUCUGCUCAUCAGCCUGACCUCCUGUGUCUGUGGAACAUUUGUAGUGAAAGUGACACAGACCUCCUAUCAGGCAGAGGAGAACGACAACAUCACACUGGAAUGGAUGUUUACAACCAAACCUGACAGUUCCUCCACCUCACUUUACAUCUUCUGUGAACUGUUUACUGAUGUUAAACCCUUGAUCCUGUAUCAUGUACAUGAGGGUGUUGAAGUUUCAGAGUCUCAGGAUGGACAGUUUGCAGGACGAGUUCAGUGUGACAAAGACGCCCUCAGAGAAGGACGAAUCAGACUUCAUGUGUCCAGACUCAGGACUGAUGACUCGGGUCUGUACCUGUGUGGAGUGAAAACAGAUUAUGGUGAAAGCUCUGACAGAUGUCAACUCAAUGUCACUGCAGCUGUUGAUCAGCUCAAACCUCAGAAACCUACUGUGAGACCACAACCAGAGAGUCGGGGAAGGAUCGGCCUCUACGUUGGACUGACAGCAGCAGCUGUACUCACUGUCUGUGCUGGACUCUACUCUGCCUUCAGACAUUGUUUUACUAUAACGAAAUCAGAAAUCGUAGCAGUAUAGAAGUUGUGUUUCUCAGAGAUCAGACUUCUGUCUGUCACUGCCUCUGCUGACACUGUCCCAGUUUAGAGGUAGAGAGGGUGAAAACCUUUAGGAAGGCUCUCUAGCUGUCAUCUGUAUUUCAAUAAUGCAUAGUGCAUUUUUUAAUGACCAUUUUCUACAGUUAUUUGCAAUAUUUGCAAUAAUCCAUAGUGCACUUUAUGAGAAUUUCUACAGUGUUAUUUGCAAUAUUUGCAAUAAUGUAGUAUACUUUUAUGACCUGUUGCUUGGUCAAGUCCAGAUUGCUGAUUUUUUGCACAAUCCUGUGCUGUGCAAUACUUAUAUACUUUGUGAUUUUAAUUUUUUAAAUUUCAAUUUAAUUUAACUUUUUUCGUGAAGGGUGGACUAGCAAAGUAAGAAUUUCAUUUUAUGGUGUAACCGCCCAUGUUUACUGUGCACAUGAUGAUGAACUUCUUGAAUCUUGAAUCUUUUGAGUCUGUAUGUGUUAAAGUGUAAUAUCACUGAUGACUGCUAGAUGCUCCAACUGACUCCCAUUCAAACGAGUCAUUAUGGUCUCAAUCUGUAAAUUCAGGCCC